AUGAGGGUUCAUUUUAGGGCGCUGGUGUUCAAGCAAAAGGGAAAAGCCGAGCAUCCGGCGCCCCUACUCGUCGUCGAGGACAUCAAGUCGGUCAGAAAGAUCUCGAUCCUGCGAACCCUGUCGCUGCUGGCCGGCACCAGGAAAUCGAUCGAGAUUGUCGUCUCGGGCCGCAGCAAGCCCGUACAAUUUAUCGGCGUCGCAAAACGGGACGACUUUGUGAUGCGGCUGGAAGUCGUCUGCCGGACCCGGAACUCGUCGACAAUUUUCCACGACGGG